AUGUCUCACGAGUCUGUUUGGAACUCCCGCCCGCGGUCGUACGGCAAGGGCGCCCGCCAGUGGUACGCAACCCCGAUUCGAAGAGAAGAGAUGGAGAUGGACGUCGAUAUGGACGAGAAACACGGAGACGAAGAGAUGGAAGAGAUGAAAGACACUGCAUCGGCGAACAAACGACAUGGUAGAGAGAUGGUGAACGAACAGAAACAAAUGCUAACAUUCUGCAGCCGCGUCUGCGCUCACCGCGCUGGUCUGAUCCGCAAGUACGGCCUCGACAUCUGCCGUCAGUGCUUCCGUGAGAAGGCCAACGACAUUGGCUUCGUCAAGCACCGUUAA